ACCGCUGGUUUACGGCUAGUACCAAACUCUAACUCAACCAUGAAUCUCCUGAAAGAGAUAGUGGCUGUACUCCUCCUACUGCCCAGGUUCCUCAUCACCGCCCUUAUGCUGUGGCUACUCGAUAUCCUGUGCAUUCGAAAGCGGCUGUUGUCUAAGACUGGGGAACAGACCGAGGGAAAUGCUGAUGAUCCUCCCCUUUGUGUCUCGGACACAAACCGAAUGUUUACUCUCGAGUCUCUCAAAGCGAUCUGGUACGGCCAGAAACUGGACUUCUUCAAAUCUGCACACGUGGGCUCGCCGGCUCCAAACCCGGAGGUGGUGUCGCUACAAGAGCAGAGAAAGGUCCGGCUGCUCGACUACAGCCGAGGGGCGAGGCCACUGAUUCUGAACUUCGGGAGCUGCACCUGACCCCCCUUCAUGGCGCGCCUCAAAUCCUUCCAACGAGUCGCCACCCAAUAUGCAGACAUUGCAGACUUUCUCCUGGUCUACAUUGAGGAAGCCCACCCUGCUGACGGCUGGGUCAGCACCGACGCCCCCUACGAUAUCCCAAGGCACCGCUCUCUGGAAGACCGACUGAGAGCAGCCAGCCUGAUAAACAAGGAGAACCCUGGCUGCCCUGUGGUCGCGGACACCAUGGACAACUCUUCCAACGCUGCCUACGGUGCUUACUUUGAAAGGCUGUAUGUCCUGCAGAGCCAGACAGUGGUGUAUCAAGGAAGGAGGGGACCAGAGGGAUACAAGAUUUCGGAACUCAGAUUGUGGCUUGAGCAGUAUAAAAACCAGAGCCACAAUUCCAGCACUGUCCUGAUUGAAGUGUGAAUGACCUGAAUGCACUGAACUUGUAGAAAGGUUAAUAUAUUUUGAACACGACUCUUCCUUCGUUCUGUUUACUGCAAUGUUUAUUAUUGAACGAACUCGUGAAACACGUGGUGACUUGUAAUUUACGGUUAAUGUGACCUUAUUCUCAAUGUACAUUUGUAAAUACAACUUUGAAAUACUAUUAUAUUUUGUGUUUAUUUUUUAUGAUGUGUUGCCUGGCUUGAAAAAUGAAUUAAAGCAAAGUUGGAAUUCGCGGAUAUUCUUGACACUUCUUUGUGAAAGCCGGUUUUUAAAUGGCUUUUGUGCCAGGAAACCGCGCCUGAUGU